UUCUUUUAUAAAGACAAGUAUAAAGUCCAUGCUUAAAAGGAAGCAUAAGAAACUAAUUUUCAAGGAAACUUCUUAUGCAUUUCUCUUGUUUUUGUACGAUUGAUGCUCCCAAAGCAGUUAGCUGUUCAUGUUGUCGUUUGCCUCAAUGCAUCUUUUUGAUGUCGUUUGCUCAUAUGAAAGUACUAUAGCAUGUCGUUUUUUUGAAACCGCACCAUUGGCAAUGUUUAACCGCAGAAUUACAUCUGUUUUUGCCAAUAUCACACACUUCACAGCUCCCUCACUCUCUCUCAGAGUGCCAUUAGCAACCAAAUCAUAGUCACUCUCUGUUCCGCCAUCGAUGCUUAAGCUCCUCCUAUGGCGUUCUUCACUUCCACAAACAUACGCAAAGAAACCAUUUUUAUGCAUCUCUCGUCUUCUAACCCAGUCUCUCAAAGACGCCUACGACCCUCCGUUUUCUCCGGCUUCCACACUCCCAAAACCCAAAAAAAAAGACACCCAGAAGAAGAAGAAGAAGAAUGAUCUAAACCCCCCAAAGAAGGAACCCAUUCGACCUCUCAAAUCGGACCUGCCCUUUGACUUCAUGUACUCGUAUUCGGAAACCAACCCGUCCGUGGAACCAAUUGGGUUCCGAGAGUCGCCAAAGUUCUCUCCUUUCGGUCCAGGCAGACUCGACCGGAAAUGGACCGGGACCGUCGCACUUGCCCAGCAGAACGUAGACAUCGAUAGGGUGGCAGAAGAGCGGAACAGGGUUCUUGGAGACCCCCUUACGGAGGACGAAGUUGCUCAGUUGGUGGAACGGUAUCGUCACAGCGAUUGCGCUCGGCAAAUUAAUCUGGGGAAGGGUGGAGUCACUCACAACAUGAUAGAUGAUAUUCACAACCACUGGAAGCGGGCUGAAGCUGUUAGGAUCAAGUGUUUGGGUGUGCCAACUCUUGACAUUGACAAUGUUUGCUUUCACCUUGAGGAAAAAUCUGGUGGGAAAAUUAUAUGCCGGAACAUUAAUGUCCUCCUUUUAUACCGAGGUCGAAACUAUGAUCCUAAGAAUCGACCAGUUAUACCUGUAAUGCUGUGGAGGCCCUAUGCACCCAUUUAUUUGAAGCUUGUGAAGAAUGUUGCUGAUGGGUUAACUUUUGACGAAACAAAGGAUUUGAGAAACAGAGGACUGAACUCCGACCCUUUAAUGAAACUUACCAGGAACGGUGUAUAUGUGAAUGUUGUGGAGAGAGUGAGAGAGGCCUUCAAGACCGUAGAAGUAGUGAGGCUAGAUUGCACACAUGUUGGUACUAGUGACUGCAAAAGGAUAGGUGUUAAAUUAAGGGAUCUGGUGCCCUGCACACCUAUACUGUUCAAGGAUGAGCAGAUUAUACUCUGGAAGGGUAAACAGACCAGUGAUGGGAUUUCAGAGGAUUGAGGGAAGCUAAACGUUUGUAGAUGGUCAGUAAUGGUUCUAAAACCGUGCAGACAAGUAUACUGCAUGCCAAUUUAAACUCCCAAGUCAGAUUUCAUGGACUCUGCGCUCAAAGACACUGUUAGUCCCAAUUCAUAUCUAUCGAGAUAUAUGGAAAAGAAAUAUUUCCAACAUAAUGAUAUUUUCCAAUCUUUCAGAUCAA